GUCUGUCUGUCCGUCUGCUGCCGAUGUGUCCUGAGGGCAGAUCCCUUCGUGCCGACAGCCAUUCUGGAUGACAGCCACACUAUGACCAGUGAAACCAGUAGCCUGGUCCAGUCCCACUAUAAGCAGCGGGAGUCAGAGCGGGAGGCAUUGCCCUACCAGACGGGUCAGCUGCACCCGGCCAUUCGAGUGGCCGACCUCCUGCAGCACAUCACCCAGAUGAAGUGUGCCGAAGGGUACGGCUUCAAAGAGGAGUACGAG